CCUGGGCCAGCAGGGCAGAAAGAUGGGGCACUCACCAGACUCCCCCAGUGUCCCAGCCCCAGCUGGGACCACAGCUCUACCCGGGCUCAUUCCAGACCUCAUCACCGGGACCCCGUGGCCCAACUGGGCUGUCACUGCUGGCGCCUUUGCCUCGGGUGUCCUCCUCAUCUCGGGCCUCCUCUGUGCUGUCUGCUGCUGCUGCCGCUGCCACAGGAAGAAGCCCAGAGACAAGGAGGCCAUGGGCCUGGGCAGUGCCCGGGGCACCACCACCACCUGCCUGGUGCAGCUGGAUGUGGAGAGCCUGCAAUCCAGCCCUGCGGCCGCUCAGCAAUGGGGGUACCUGCAGCUCUCCCUGGAGUAAGACUUUGGAAGGCAGGAGAUCAGGGUGGGCCUGAAGCAGGCAGCCGACCUGAGGCCCGGGGGCACUGUAGACCCCUAUGCCCGGCUCAGCGUCUCCACCCAGGCUGGGCACAGGCACGAGACAAAGGUGCACCGAGGCAUGCUCUGCCCCAUGUUUGAUGAGACCUGCUGCUUCCAUGUCCCACAGGUGGGGCUGCCAGGGGCCACCCUGCAGGUGCAGCUUUUCCACUUCAGGCGCUUCUCGGGGCAGGAGACCCUGGGUGAGCUCCACCUGCCACUGGGCACCAUGGAUCUGCAGCACGUUCUGGAGCACUGGUGCCCCCUGGGCCCGCCGGGUGCCACCGAGCCCUAGCAGGUGGGGGAGCUGUGCUGCUUCCUCCGGUAUGUGCCGGGCUCGGGCCGGCUAACCGUGGUGGUGCUGGAGGCCCGAGGCCUGCGUCCAGGACUGGCAGAGCCCUACGUGAAGGUCCAGCUCAUGCUGAACCAGAGGAAGUGGAAGAAGAAAAAGACAGCUGGCAAAAAGGGCACGGGCCCCUACUUCAACGAGGCCUUCACCUUCCGGGUGCCCUUCAGCCAGGUCCAGAAUGUGGACCUGGUGCUGGCUGUCUGGGACGGUGGCCCGAAGCUCCGGGCCGAGCCCGUGGGCAAGGUGCAUCUGGGUACCCAGACCUCGGGGCAGCCCCUGCAGCACUGGGUGGACAUGCUGGCCCACGCCCAGCAGCCCGUGGUCCAGUGGCACCCCCUGCGGCCGGUCAGGGAGGUGGACCGAGCACUGGCUCUGCAGCCCCGCCUGCGCCUGCCCCUGCCCUGCUCAGGAACACACCAUGAGCCUCGGUCUCCCCGCUGAGCCCGGCCACUUGCCC